AUGGUCCCCAUUAUAAAAGGAAUGGUUCUGAUUUUAGGUAUAACAGCUGCAGCAAUGGCUGAGGCAAUGAAGCUGCAGAAGAUGAAGCUUAUGGCAAUGAACACUCUUCAGGGAAAUGGAAACCAAAAUGGGGCUGAAUCAGAGCCUGAUGAUCUUAAUUCUAAUACAGGUGAAAGUGAAUCCUCCUGGGAUAAGGAUAAGUUGCAGUCUCUUCUUGCUGCUCCUGGACCCCAACAUGGACUUACUCAUGCAGCCCUGUCUAACCAGCCAGGUCUUGGGGGUGCUUCUACCCUCAAUCCACUGCAGCAGAACAACCUACUGACCAAUAGACUGGAUCUGCCAUUUAUGAUGAUGCCACAUCCCCUACUUCCAGUCAGCUUACCUCCUGCGUCAGUUGCCAUGGCAAUGAAUCAGAUGAACCAUCUCAAUACUAUUGCCAACAUGGCUGCUGCAGCCCAGAUUCACAGUCCACUCUCCAGAGCUGGGACCUCUGUUAUAAAGGAACGGAUCCCAGAGAGUCCUUCUCCUGUUCCCUCUCUGGAAGAUAAUCAUUGUCCUGGGAGUCAAAUUUCCUCCCACCCCAGCAGCAGUGUGUCCAGUUCUCCUUCUCAGAUGGAUCACCAUUCAGAGAGGACGGAAGAGGUACCAUUUCAAAUUCCAAUGAUCAAGUCACCCUUGGACAAGAUCCAGUUGACUCCUGGACAGACAUUACCUCCUGGAUUCCCUGGACAAUUCAUUUUUGCUGAUAGUUUGUCCUCUGUGGAGACUCUGUUGACCAACAUUCAGGGCCUACUGAAAGUGGCUUUGGAUAAUGCUCACAUCCAGGAGAAGCAGAUUCAACAAGAAAAAAAGGAACUACGAAUGGAGCUCUAUAGAGAGAGAGAAAUUAGAGAAAACCUUGAAAGACAACUCGCAGUUGAACUUCAAAGCAGAACUACCAUGCAAAAGCGUCUGAAGAAGGAGAAAAAAGCCAAGAGAAAACUGCAGGAAGCCUUGGAAUUUGAAACAAAACGCAGGGAACAAGUGGAACAAGCACUUAAGCAAGCCACUACUAGUGAUGGUGACUUGAGGAGUUUGAAAGAUACUGGAAUUCCAAAUAUUGGAAUAGAAAAAAAUGGGACUUCUCAUGAUAGUACCUCUAUUCAAGUUCUCACUGUGAUCCUCCAGUUUUCUCUUGAUCCUGAUGAUCAUAUUUAUGACAAAUACUUGGAUCUCUUUAUAAGGUAA